CUGUCAAAUGGCAUGUCUCCAGUGAGGUUUUAAAAAAUUCUGUGAACACUGGAGACAGCUGAUCAGCACAGUGCUUCAGGAUGGAUGGGGAGACAGAGCCUGGCCCAGCUGCUUUGCAAGGUUUCUGCCUCAUGAACAGUCUGUUAACAUACCUCUCUCUGAAGCCUUUCAGACAGAAGCAAAGUCAUUAUUUGAAAACUGGUGUUGUAGUCUCUCUGCGUACAGAUAAACUAACCUGAUGAGGGGAGGAGCAACACUGAUCAGGUGAUCCAGGUGAGAACAGGGAGGGAACCUGGAGCUGAAAGUGUUCAGUCAGUUCAGACUCCAUUUUGAGUCGACAGAGCAGAAGGAGGAAAACUGAAGGCUGAGGCAGGACUGACUGAAGUCCCAAAGAUGAGUGUUUGUGUGGAGGAAGAGGAGGACAGAGCAGAGUCUGCAGUAUCCAGCUGUCUGUCUAUGAAGAAUGACCGGUCUAGAGAGUAUCUCCCAUACCUCAGUAAUGAACCUGGACCCUCAGACACAAAACUGACUGAAGUCCAGAAGAUGAGUGUUUGUGUGGAGGAAGAGGAGGACAGAGCAGAGUCUGCAGGAUCCAGCUGUCUGUCUAUGAAGAGUGACCAGUCUAGAGAGUAUCCCCCAUACCUCAGCAAUGAACCUGGACCCUCAGACACAAAACAGACUGAAGUCCAGAAGAUGAGUGUUUGUGUGGAGGAAGAGGAGAACAGAGCAGAGUCAGCAGGAUCCAGCUGUCCGUCUAUGAAGAGUGACCAGUCUAGAGAGUAUCCUCCAUACCUCAGUAAUGAACCUGGACCCUCAGACACAAAAGAGAGGGAGAGGAGUCAUGUUUCUGUGGAGGAGCAACCGUCCUGCUGUUCUUUGUGUCAGGACAUCCUGAAGGAUCCAGUCUCUAGCAGCUGUGGACACUGGUUCUGCAGACAGUGCAUCACCUUAUACUGGGACCAGUCUGCUUCAUCAGGAGACUCCUCCUGUCCCCAGUGUGGAGAAAAAUCCAGAACAAGAGCUGGAAUGCAGACAGCCAGUCAGAGCAGCUCUGUAAAAGCAGAGUGUGGUCUGCAGGAGGUUUCAGAUGAACAUAAGAUCAGUCUCAGGAGGAGAUGUGAACGUGUGACUGAAGGAAGUGAUGAAACAGGAAGUGAAACCCUCCUCAACAGGAUCUACACUGAGCUCUACAUCACAGAGGGACAGAGUGAAGAGGUUAAUACCCAACAUGAGGUGAGGCAGCUUGAGAAAGCUUCCAAGACCCUCCAUGAAACUCCAAUCAAGUGCCACGACAUCUUUAAAGCCUUACCUGGCCAACAGAGACCCAUCAGAGUGGUUCUGACCAACGGCGUCGCUGGUGUUGGAAAAACCUUCUCGGUGCAGAAGUUCACUCUGGACUGGGCAGAGGGCUUGGAAAACCAAGAUAUCAGUCUGCUGGUUCUGCUCUCAUUCAGGGAGCUGAACUUGAUCAAAGAUGAGCAGUACAGUCUUCUCACACUGCUCCACGUUUUCCAUCCAACAUUACAGAAGGUCCCAGCAGAGAAGCUCGCUGUCUGGAAACUGUUGUUCAUCUUUGACGGCCUGGAUGAAAGCAGACUUUCAUUGGAUUUCCACAACAAUGAGGUUGUGUCUGAUGUCACACAGAAGUCAUCAGUCAACCUGCUGCUGACAAACCUCAUCAAGGGGAAUCUGCUUCCCUCUGCUCUCGUCUGGAUAACUUCCCGACCUGCGGCAGCCAAUCAGAUCCCUCCUUCAUGUGUUGACAGGGUAACAGAAGUAAGAGGCUUCAGUGAAGCCCAAAAGGAGGAGUACUUCAGGAGGCGAUUCAGUGAUGGAUUGCUGUCCAGCAGAAUCAUCUCACACAUCAAGACAUCCAGGAGCCUCCACAUCAUGUGUCGAAUCCCAGUUUUCUGCUGGAUCACUGCUACAGUUCUGGAGCACAUGUUGACUACAGACCAGAGAGGAGAGCUGCCCAAGACCCUGACUGACCUGUACUCACACUUCCUGCUGGUUCAGACAAAGAGGAAGAAGCAGAAGUACGAUGAGGGACAUGAGACGAGUCCACAGGAGCUGAUGGAGUAUGACAGAAAGGUUCUUCUGAAGCUGGGGAGGCUGGCGUUUGAACAUCUGGAGAAAGGAAACAUCAUGUUCUACCAAGAAGACCUGGAGCAGUGUGGUCUUGAUGUCACAGAGGCCUCGGUGUACUCAGGAGUUUGUACAGAGAUCUUCAAAAGAGAGAGUGUGAUCUUCCAGAAAACAGUCUACUGCUUUGUUCAUCUGAGCGUUCAGGAGUUUCUGGCUUCAGUCUACAUGUUCCACUGUUACACCAGCAGGAACACAGAGGUACUGGAGGACUUCCUACAAGACUACAAAUACAGGGACUCAAAACCAGUGUUUUUUCUAAAGAAGAUUUCUAAUAACUUCCUGAGCAAAAAACAUGUUGAUUCAACCUUGGAUGUCUUCCUGAUGGGAGCGAUGAUAAAAUCCCUUGAAAGUAAAAAUGGCCAUCUGGACCUGUUUGUUUGCUUCCUUCAUGGCCUCUCUCUGGAGUCCAACCAGAGACUCUUAGGAGGCCUGCUGGGUCGGACAGACAACAGUCCAGAAAUCAUCUCGAGAGCCAUCAACAACCUGAAGGAGAUGGUACAGAAGGACAGUAAGAAGACCUCUACUGACAGAUGCAUGAACAUCUUCCACUGUCUGAUGGAGAUGAACGACCACUCAGUACAUCAGACAAUCCAAGAGUUCCUGAAGUCAGAGAACAGAUCAAAGAAAGAACUCUCUGUGGUCCACUGCUCAGCUCUAGCCUGCAUGCUGCAGAGGUCAGAGGAGGUUCUGGAUAAGUUCGACCUUAAGAAAUACAACACAACAGAGGAGGGACGACAGAGACUGAUUCCAGCUUUGAGGAAUUGCAGAAAGGCUCUACUUUCUGGCUGUGGACUCUCAGAGACUCACUGUGAAGUCGUGGCCUCAGCUCUGAAGUCCAACCCCUCCCAUCUGAGAGAGCUGGACCUGAGUAACAACGAGCUGCAGGAUUCAGGAGUGAAGCUGCUGUCUACUGGACUGGCGAGUCCAAACUGUAGACUGGAGAUUCUGAAAUUGAGGAGCUGCAGUUUGACAGAGAUCAGCUGUGCUUCUCUGGCCUCAGCUCUGAAGUCCAACCCCUCCCAUCUGAGAGAGCUGGAGCUGAGUAACAACAAGCUGCAGGAUUCAGGAGUGAAGCUGCUGUGUGAUUUUCUGGAGAAUCCACACUGGAGACUGGAGACUCUGAGAUGGAAGUGAGCUCUGUCCGAGUGUGAGUGAUGAGAAAGGUCUACACAGUCUCUGCAGACACACUCCUCCACUCCUGCUGCUCCACACUCAGCCACCUCCUCCACCUGGACCUGGACUUUAUUUCAUUUAGAUAUUCUGAACCCAAAGUGCCUCAGCAGAUUAGUUCUGUUUAUGACGACACAACUGCAGAUUAACACAUUUAGAGGUUCAGUGUGUAAGAUUUAGUGGCAUCUAGUGGUGAGGGUUGUGAAUUGCAACAAUCCUUCCAGUCUACCUCUGCCCCCUAAAGGCUUGUGCAGACUACACGACUUUCAGCGUCGGCUGAUGGCUGUGCCGUUCACACUACAAAAUUUUCCGUCUUGUGAUGGGAGUCUUGAAGUCGUUGUGGCGUUCACAUUAUGUGACUGAUCGGAGACAGGGGGUCACACACUACGCAGGUCUCUAAACCAUGUUUUGUCAAGAAAACACACGUGAAAUGUAAAACUGGAAAUGAGGCGAACCUACACAUUUAACAGGUGUUGUUUGUUAUUAUAAAGAUAGCAAUUAUAAAGCCAAAGAAUAUGGCUGAAAGAAUGGCUUAGCACACACAGGUAGCAGGGAUUGUUUGUGCUACAGAGAGAGCUGAAGGGGAGUAAAAAGUGUUUUUAAGUGAAAAAGUAGCGGCCUGCUCUGCCAGCUGCCUGCUCUCAUUGGCUGGUUGUGGAUGUUGAGUCGGCCAACUCCGCCAGGUAUUUGGCAUGCUAGAUAUCUGGCAGACGUCGGCGACGUGUCAGAAAUGUGUCGGGGAGCCGUUGUGAUGCGUCGUUGAGUAGUUCACACAUAACGACUGGUGACCGCCGAUCAACCGCUGAUUUACUCCCGAUCACAGCCUGAUGGUUGCAGAGCUCGCCCAGCGUCAAAUCGGGCUAAAAAUUGUGUUGUGUGAACUAGGCUUAACCUUUCAAAGAGCAUAGGACAGCUACGGUGGCUGGCUAGUCAAGGAUUGAGGUUUCUUUAGCUAUAUUUAUAAGAGAUUAUAUUUACUUUAUUAUUCAGAAAACAAUAUGUUAUUGUGACUUGGCCACUGACCGAUAAAAUGGAAAAUGUCAGCCAAGAGUGUGAAACACUGUCACUGUUUCUGCACCACAGUCCAUUAAA